CUUUUUUUUAUUUGUUUACGUUUCCAGCCAAAGGCAGAGACAAAGGGACAGACAGACAGACAAACUUUGGCAGCAAAAAAAUGAUUAUCCCAGUUUUGCCUUUUUCAGCUUUAUACUGACAUUUAGAAAGACGGAAGGAGUGACACUCUUUCUAAUACCUUACGCUACAUCUGCUGCUACGGCACAUUGUAAUUAUUUUGUUUCCCGCAACAUUUUCUCCUUUGCAAAAGCUCAAAAAAACAAAUUAUUGAAAACACGACACUUUGGGUUCACUCUCUUCUUCCUCGUAAUUUUUCUUAUUUGUUUAACUUUUUUGCACUUUUCAUUUUCUCCAACUUGUAUUGUCUUUUUGAUAUUUAAUUUUAUUAUUUAUUCGUUUAUCAGCCUUGCGCAUCAGACAUAAAAGCAAAAGUCUUCGUUUUGUUUGUUUAUUUACAUUUAAAAACAAUAUUCUGCAUCUGACUUGAAUUUGAAUCUUCUCAAAAGAAAUGUCGAGCUCCCAGAACCCAAACGACCUCUUCACAAAGCAAGAGAAAAUCGGCCGCGGCUCCUUUGGCGAGGUUUUCAGAGGAAUUGAUAACCGCACGAAGCGACAGGUGGCAAUUAAAAUCAUUGACCUUGAGAGCGCCGAAGACGAGAUUGAGGACAUUCAGCAGGAGAUUUUCAUUCUGUCGCAGCUGGACAACCCGUCGGUGACAAAGUACUAUGGCUCUUAUCUGGACGGGUCCAAGCUGUGGAUUGUUAUGGAGUAUUGCGGCGGUGGUUCAUGCGCCGACCUGAUGAAGCCUGGGCGUGUCAGCGAGACCUACAUUGCAAUCAUCCUACGCGAAAUGCUCCUGGGUCUGAACUAUCUGCACCACGAGAACAAGAUUCACCGCGACAUCAAGGCCGCCAAUAUCUUGCUAACCAGCCAGGGUAACGUGAAGCUCGCCGACUUUGGCGUCUCUGGACAGAUCACAGCGACCCUGACGCGCAAAAACACAUUUGUUGGAACACCUUUCUGGAUGGCGCCUGAGGUGAUCAAACAGUCCGGCUACGACUACAAGGCGGAUAUCUGGUCGCUCGGUAUCACGGCCAUUGAGCUUGCCAAAGGACAGCCGCCCCAUGCCGAGCUGCAUCCGAUGAAGGUCCUCUUUGUCAUUCCAAAGAACGAGCCGCCAGAGCUGGGCGCUGAGUUUAGCAAGACUUUCCAAGAGUUUGUCAGCCUUUGCCUGAAAAAGGACGCCACGCAGAGACCAACGGCCGAUCAGCUUCUUAAGCACAAGUUCGUUCGGUCGGCUAAGCGCACAGAGCAUCUGACUGAUUUGAUUAAGCGGUGGCAGAAUUGGAAGAAGACCGUGCCAGAGUCCCGCCCCAAGGCUGAGUCUGCGGGUGCAAAUGGCGAUAAUGAGGAGCAGGUAAUCUGGGACUUUGACUCGGUUCGUCAGUCGCUGCCAGCAGUGCCACAAAAGACCGCCCAGCAGCAGCAACAGCAGCAGCAGCAGCAGCAGCGUCACAAUAUGCAUAUGCCGUCUGCAUCCUCGAUUUCUGUUAGUGUUGCGUCGUCGUCAUCAGUCGGAUCCAACAACAUGUCGGCACUGCCGGCCCCGCCGCCCAUUGGCGCCGCCCAUGGAAACCGCUCGCGCAGCGGCAGCACGGCAUCUAACUCCGGCGGUAUGGGUGUCUCGGGCAGCCGCGUGCCCAGCGGAUUUGGCUCCAACAUCCCGCCGCCCAGCCCCAGCAUGCAGCCGCGCCACUUGAACAACGCCAGCCCCGUGAACCUCGGCCAGCGCUCUAACUUGGGACCUGGCUUUGCAUCCGGCACCCCGCCUUCUCAGCAGCAGCUUCCUGGCAGCCGCCCAUCAUCAUCCCAUCAGUCCAAGAUGGCUGUCCACAACCCCCAACCGCUACGCACCUCUGCUUCUGCUUCUGCCAACGUCAGCAGGCAAAACACUCCCGAGGAUCUAUACCACAAUGUGCUUAUGCCCACUCUGGUGCGCUUGGAAAAACUUACCAGCAACACUCAGGCUAAGGCUGCAUACUGCACGCUGGCCGAGACUAUUCGCCGCCUUGAGCACGAGAUUCCGGGAAUUGCUGAUGUCUUUUCGAAGGAGCUGACCUUGUCGGUGAACAAGUUCUACCAGGCCUGGCGCGAGUGAUGCGCCGGAUGGACUGCAACUCUGUGCAAAAAAAGUACAACUAAUUGGCAUUUUUCUAUUAUUUAUACUCGUCAUUUUUUCUUGCACGUAUGUCAAAUCGACGUCAAUGGGUAU